AAGUGACUGAUCAAAUUUUUGGGAAGCAAAUUUUCAAGGAUUGUAAAAGUUAAGCACAUGAAAGCCGAAAUAUUAUGGGAAUUAAUCUUGUACAACAUUUUCAUGUUCAACUGUUGUAAAAGGAUAGAUUUGAGUUGAAAAAACCUACCAUUUUGAAAUUUAUGGCAAAUCUAACCCAAAGACCAUUGCAAGCCUUAAAACAUAGAAAUAUAUUCAUUAAUUUAGGAAAAUAGAUGUGGAUGAUUCAAUGAGGGGGAGAUGGGGGGAAGGGGUCAGUGGUGAGCUCAUAGCAUUGCCAAUCACAACACCUGUACUCCAUCGCUUUUGUUUUUAUAGGCCAUGUUUUUCUCCUUUGACAAGAACCCCUACCUAUAUAUAAGCAGUGCCUAUUCUUUGAUUUACAUGCAAGGGACAAAGUCUCCAAUAAACAAAUACUUUAGUGUAUUCUCCUUCUGCUCUUCCAUGGCAAGUCCAGUGGCUCUUGGUUCAUGGAUGGUUUUACUUUUAGGCCUUGUCAUAGCAAUUUCAACUACUCGAGUUGAGGCUGCCAGGGCAUUUUUUGUAUUUGGUGAUUCUCUGGUUGACAAUGGUAACAACAAUUACCUUGCAACCACUGCUAGAGCUGAUUCACCUCCUUAUGGCAUUGACACUCCUAGUCGUCUCCCCACAGGCCGCUUCUCAAAUGGCAAAAAUAUUCCUGAUUUUAUCAGUGAUGCACUUGGCUCAGAGCCAACAUUGCCAUACUUGAGUCCAGAACUCAGGGGAAAUAGGCUGCUUGUUGGCGCCAACUUUGCUUCUGCUGGUAUUGGAAUCCUCAAUGACACUGGCAUCCAAUUUAUAAACAUUAUAAGAAUGUUCAAUCAAUUAGAAUACUUUAAAGAAUACCAGGGCCGUUUGGCUGGCCUUGUCGGAAAAGAUAAAGCAAAGCGGAUUGUAAGCGAUGCUCUAGUCCUCAUCACUGUCGGUGGCAAUGAUUUUGUGAACAACUACUAUUUAGUGCCUUACUCUGCAAGAUCUCGCCAAUACAGUCUACCAGAUUAUGUUAAAUAUCUCAUCUCUGAGUACAGAAAAAUUCUAUUGAAACUAUAUGUACUAGGAGCUCGGAAGGUUUUGGUGACCGGGACCGGACCGUUGGGUUGUGUUCCGGCUGAAUUGGCCAUGAGGAGCUCAAAUGGUCAGUGUGAUUCCGAGCUGCAACAAGCUGCAUCCUUGUUUGAUCCUCAACUGACUGAAAUGAUAAAAGGACUCAAUAGCGAGUUAGGUGCAACUAUUUUCAUUGCUGCUAAUACGCGUCAACAAAGCAAUAAUUUUGUUAGUAACCCUGGAGCCUAUGGAUUUACUACAUCAAAGAUAGCAUGCUGUGGCCAAGGACCCUACAAUGGUCUGGGAUUAUGUACUUUGGCAUCAAAUCUGUGCCCCAAUCGCAACCUGUAUGCUUUCUGGGAUCCAUUCCAUCCAUCUGAGAAGGCCAAUAAGAUCAUUGUUGACUCGAUCUUGAGUGGUUCUACAGAUUACAUGAGCCCCAUGAAUCUCAGCUCCUUCUUGGCUUUGGACACCAACACCAGGACUUAGGUACAUUCUAAUAAGGAUAAUUAAGAAAACAGCUUGUGUUAUACCAUUGUAGUUUGAUGUUUUUCCAGACAUGUUUGAUUAUUAUAUGUUGUUCCAGUGGUUGGAAUUAUUUCCUUAAUGAAUUGUAAUGUAACGUUUCAAUCUGCUUACAUAAUUAAUUAAGUA